AUGCAAGGAGGCAUCAGAAGAAAGAAGGACGUCCUGCCACGUUACAAGACGGGUCAUGGCAAAUACAGUCCCAGGAAAAACACUGGGUUCCUUACCACACCCAUGAAGAAAAUUAUAGCAUAUUGUAUGCUACUAGGUCUCUUAUAUUUGGUUUUGAACCUGGCAUUUGCUGAUUCUCGUCAAGCUACCACUUUGGAAUUGGAUGACGUUAAUUUGUCAGCCUUGCUGGAGGAUACUUCCAUCCCUGUGAAGGGUUCCGGUUCUGGUUCCGGUUCUGAAGCUGGUUCAGGGAAGAAGAAGAGUAUAUUGGACUCUAGUAAUAAUGAUCAUCCGGCAAAAGUACCAAAGGAAAAAUUUAAUAAUGAAGUCGCCAUGCAACAGGAGGUGAAAAAUUUGGAAAAUGAUUUGAAACCAAAAGUGGCUUCUCCAAAAGCUGAUCAAAAGAAUUUGGGUGCUGCUGCCGCCGGUGCUGGUGCACCUGCUGCUGCUGCUGGUUCAAAACAACAAGAUUCAAAUAAAAUUGAUAAUGAAAAGGCUCCCUCGGAACAUCCAGCAAAGGAAGUGUUGAAGGAGGAACAAGAAAAGAGUACUGAGAAAAACGCUAAAGUGAAACAAGAGACAAAGGAGGAAUUAGAAAACCAAAAGAAACUAAAAUUGGAAAAAUUACAAGAAGAUGUCGCUAAGGAGGAAAAAUUUGUAGAUUAA